CGUCAGCGGAGAUGCUCGUUGACAGUUGUUUUGUUUACAAUCGUAUCACAAAAAUCGUGGCCCUUCUUGCAGCCGCUGCGAGUGAAGAACGGAAAGCAACUAAAAAUGAAACCGUACGAGAGUUUUGUGUUUCCCGAGCUACCCUUGGACAUUAGGGAAAAGCUGUUCCAAAAGGACAACGCAAUGGUUGUGGUUGGAGUGCUGGGCAAAUCAAACGAGGCGCACUGCAACAAAUUACUCGAGUUCAAUAUGCUUCACUCCCAUCCAUCGUUAACGGACGAGGCAGGAAUUGAUUGCCGUGUGAAGUUUUACUUUCGUACCGAAGGGCAAACUUUGUUUCUACAUUUCGACGCACCGUUCGAUAACUUUGUGCUCUUACACUUAGCCGAACGGAUGAUGCUGGAAAAGACUGACGAAUCGCCGUUACAUUUCAUCGAAUUCAACAGCGCCAUUCGCACCCGUUUCGCGAGAGUUCUGUUGCUAGCGCUCCAAGUAUGCCACAUCCUGGUAGUGGUAGAGCCAUCGAUAUCAUUCGACAUGUCCUAUCUGUCGAUAUUCAAGUCGUUGAAAAUCAUCCGCGAAAAGUAUGUGCUGAAAUUUCUGCCCAAAAUGCUGAAAAACGCAAACGUGGGAUCCUUCAUGGGCAAAGAAUGCCGGCUGUGCAGUCCACGGCUACUGUUUAUGUUCAACCUUCCGGACAAUGGAGAGCCUCAUUCGCUGGACGAAAUUGAUAUGCUCGAAACAAAGGUAGAAGAUUACAUCAACAAAACGCUUCGUAAUGAAUUUAUCAUCACAAACAACAGUGCAAUGUCGCUGUUUUCGCUGCCGAAAAUGAAACAAUUUGUUUUCUUCAACGAAGCCAAACCAUGCAAUCAAGACCCUCUGAUGGAUUCGAUCGAUAUGCUCUCAAUGUAUCUUGCGAAGCAGCAGCAGAACAGCGCAGGCACGCUGCCCGAAAGUGAGGAACAACAGAUUUUGGAGCAAGCAAAACCAUACGACUGCUUUGGAUUUCCAUCCAAUUUUAAGUUCGAGCUCAAAGACCCGAUCGAAGAAGACGAACGAAGCAUAUUUAGCCUGGUACAGGAUCAUGUGGAGGACGCGUUGGAUACCGGUUUCGAUGAGAGCGAAAAUCCUGGCAGGCAAAGAAUUCGGACGCAUUUUGUGCUUCCAUCCACCCAUGCUUGGUACGAGAUGUUUAAAUACAUGCACCAGCUGUUCAUCGAGAAUCCAAAUGACCCGUAUUACGACGCCUACGAUUCAGAUUAUAAAGCUUACCUACAAAACUUCCAUGACAUCGUCGAUAUUGAUGAGCGAUUUUUCGGCGAAAUUUGUGAGCAGGGUCUCGAUUUGGCUACACUCAAGUACAAGGACAUGUUACCGCCGCACUAUAGUGCGUCCUUCCAUGAAACCAAGUACCACGAAGCAUUAAAUCUGUUGCUCGAGUAUGCACGAGGACCUGAGCUGAAACCUAGCAUCCAAAAGCUGAAGGAGUACUGCGACGCGAUUUGGCAGAGCGGUAAACAGCAGUGCGAAUAUCCGAGUUUGCGUGGUAAUCCGUGUGUGCUAGGCAAGCACAAAUCCAUCGACCUUGCGGAGCAUUCGAGUGGAGUAAUUUAUGUGUCCUCGUGCAACUGUGGCCGGACGCAAGGCCACCGCGAAGAUCCGUACACCAUUCGGCAGGCAAACUAUGAAUUUUAUCAAAUGAUCGCAAAAAGUUGCAGCAAUUGCAAUCGUCUAGAACGGGUCCAAUUUCCAGUGUUUGAGCCUUCGAGUAGCGACUUUCGCGCAGCGGAGUUCAUAAACAAAAACUUUUCCAACCUGAUGUCGUUCGAUAGUACCGGCCGUACAGCAUCCGAUUUCGGACCGAAUGUGCGUGCCAUACCCGGCCAUUCGCCUUUCCUAUCUGGCAGUCAGCGAAGUCAAAAUAGCUCAGCCAGUUUAAGCUUUAACAUUGCUUCGGAUGGUGAAGAAGAUGAAGAAGAAGGAAAUAUUGGCAAAAAAGGAGAAGGUCGAUCUAAUCGGCGGGAGCAAGAUCCCGCAGAGGAAAGAAAUGAUACAGACCAGUGCGACCAGAUGGAUGAUGCUCGCCUCAAUGAUGAUGAUGAUGAUGAUGAGGAUGACGAUCAACUUGCAUCGAAUAACGAGGAAAUGAACGAAAUAGUGAUAAAAUUAGGCGCAUUAAAACACGGAAGCGAUGCAUCACCAGGAGAGAUAGGACACCCGGCAGCACCGGCCAGAUUGCCAUCUACCACUGAGUAUCUUCCCGGCAUGUUGCACAUCGCUAGCCCUGCUGGAUUGUUGCCACGCUUCCCUUCAUGGUCACUGGUAUGCUUAGGUUCUAGCUCUAUCUAUACGCACAAUACCGGUUUGCCGGAACACGUGCAGAGUGGGUUCCUCUCCGGUUCGAAUUUCCUCCUGCCGUGGGACGUAAGCGUACGCCUAGAGCAUGCACAGUGUUGGGCCGCAUCGUACGAAAAAAUUCGCAACCGCAAAAAAGGAAACCCACAUUCAUCGAAAAGCUUCGAGCACAACAAAACGUUUACGCUGAAAAUAUUCAUCGGCGUGGAGUACGAGUGUUUGCGCGGCCAUCGGUUCAUUAUGAAUGCGCCCGACAGUAUCCUUCGCUGUGGAUCCGAAAUCGUUCGAAACAGCGGUAGUAAGGUCGUGUUUAACGACAUGCCGAUCUACUUCCCCUGCCCUUGUCGAAAUACGAUCAACAACACGGCGCAGCUGAUGCGAGUGCACAUCAUUACACCGAAGGCACCGGUGAAUGUUAUCAUUGAUCCGAAGGUGAAACUUUUCCAGAACAACAUGCAGAACAGCAUUACCUUCACGACGGGCAUGACCGAACCGAUCAAGCUGACGCAAAGCUCUUACUGGAUAUUACGCUUACCGUUCGUGUAUGAAGGUGAUAGUGGGCCAUUAAUGGCACCGACCGAUGUCAAUCCGGCCAGUGCGAUUAUGCACGGGGUGCUUCUGGCUGGUAUGUAUGGUAUAAGAGAGAACGAGCUGAACGAGGAAACGAUCGGCAUUUCCAAUCCAUCCGGAUAAUAUCAAAUAGUGUACACCAAGAACAGCAAGUGCAAAAAAAUGACGAUAGUAUCGGAACUUGAUCAUUGCACUCUAAACCUACUGUCUUCAGAUGAUUGUUAUUAUAAGGCAGCGUUUCUGGGAUACGCUGUAGCUUUUUCGGAACGUAAAAUUUUGAAUACUACAAAAAUACGUAAUAUUUUCGAUGACGAAGUAAAAAAUUCAUAUCAAAUCUAAAA